UCUUAUGAGAAUGACUACUUAUUGACUAGCAAAUAGCAAUAUUAGUCAACACUGUUAUUCGGUUUCAAACAUAGUUAUUCAAUUUUAAGUUUAAGCUAUUCGUGUGUUAUAUGAAUAUAAUAUAAUAUCUACACAGCGUCAUCACAGCGUUGCUGAAUAAAAUAUGAACUCAAUACGUACGUCUUCUUUUACUAAAUAUAAACGAAUAUGACGAACAAUUUACCAAUCAAUAACACAAAGACUGAGAACAUACUACAAAACUUUAUAACAAUAUUGCUGUAAUGGACGUCCAAGCCGUUUUCUGAUCUUGAAUUUUUUGUGACAAACAACCACGAUCAUGGAUAACGAAGAAAGAACGUACGCCGUGUUCAGUCUGGCGAUAACGGCGUAUCAUGCAAGUAACGAUGUACAGCGAAAAACGUACCACAGGUUUGAAGUGCCGCACUUGGAAUUGCGUGAAUGUUGCAUGUCACUGUUCGAAAUCGUUGAUCUAAACACGGAAAGCGGUAAUUUUGACCCUCGGGGUGACAGGAUUUCCGUGUUUGCCAAAGUGGUGAGGGCCGAUAAUGAUCGUAUGGACAGGUUCAAUAACAUAUGUGCCAUGGCCUCGCAUUAUGGGCACAUACAUUGUCUGAGGGUCGCCCACGAGAUGGGCUGCCCUUGGGAUGUGACGACCUGCAACAAUGCGGCUCAAGGGGGACACCUGGAGUGUCUAGUUUACGCGCACGAGAUGGACUGCUCCUGGGACGCAACAACGUGUAUGAACGCGGCCCACUCGGGACACUUGGAGUGCAUAGUAUACGCACACAGUAAUGGGUGUUUAUGGGACGAGCAGACAUGCAGCAUGGCAGCGGGCAACGGUCACCUCGAAGUACUUGAGUACGCGCGAGAGAACGGAUGUCCAUGGGACGGGACUACAUGCAAUGAAGCAGCAAAAGGUGGUCAAAUCAAAUGUCUUGCAUACUCACACAUUAACGAAUGUCCAUGGGAUGAACAGACAUGUAGCUUGGCGGCAGGCUGUGGCCACGUCGGGGUACUCGAAUACAUGUAUGAAAAUGGUUGUCCACGAGACAAAACAGCGUGCUCUAAGGCUGCUCAGUACGGCCGACUGGGUUGCCUUGCGUACCUGCACAGUACUGAGUGCCCCUGGGACGACGAUACUCCCCGUUCGGCCGCGGAAGGUGGCCACUUAGACUGCUUGAUAUACGCACGGAACAACGGGUGCGAGUGGACCGAAUCAACUUGUUCAGCGGCUGCAGAGAUGGGCCAGUUGGAGUGCCUAAUAUACGCACACGAACAAGGAUGUCCUUGGAAUGAAGAUACAUGUGCCAUGGCAGCGAAGGGUGGCCAUAUUGACUGCUUGGCAUACGCACACAAUAAUGGAUGUCCAUGGGAUGAACAGACGUGCAGCGUGGCGGCGGGAAGUGGCCAGCUUGGGGUACUCGUGUACGCCCGAGAGAACAACUGCCCAUGGGACGAAUCAGUGUGUGCCGAGGCAGCAAAGGGUGGCCGAAUUGACUGUCUGGUAUACGCUCGCAAUAAUGGAUGUCCGUGGGACGAACGGACGUGCAGCAUGGCGGCGGGAAGCGGUGAAAUCUGGAUACUGUUGUAUGCGCGACAGAAUGGCUGCCCAUGGGAUAGAACAGCGUGCUCCGAGGCAGCGUUGAAUGGCAGGCUGGACUGCCUUGUGUUCUUGGACAGGAAUGGUUGUCCUUGGGACUAUCGUACGACUCAAUCGGCUGCGGCUGGUGGACAUCUUGAAUGCCUAGCGUAUGCGUGGGACAACGGAUGUGAGUGGGACUCGUCUACAUGCUCAAUGGCUGCGAGACGUGGGCACAUUGAUUGCCUGGCAUACGCUCACAUAAAUGAAUGCCCGUGGGACGAGCGGACAAGCAGCUAUGCCGCGGCCAGUGGCCACAUCAGGAUACUCGAGUACUUGCGAGAAAACGAAUGUCCUUGGGAUGAGACAACGUGCUCAGAGGCAGCGAUAUACGGUAGACUAGAGUGCCUUGUUUACCUUCACAGUCACAACUGUCCAUGGGAUGACAAUACUCCGGCGUCGGCCGCAGCUGGGGGACACAUAAAUUGCCUAAUAUACGCGCGGGAAAAUGGCUGUGAGUGGACCGAAACAACGUGCGCCGCAGCGGCACAGGAGGGCCACAUGGACUGCCUUGUUUAUGCGCAUGGUAAUGGGUGUUUGUGGGACGAGCAAACGUUCAGCAUGGCUGCGGCUAACGGCCACCUCAAGGUACUCGAAUACGCGCGAGAAAACGGAUGUCCCUGGGAUGAAACGGUUUGCUCCGAGGCCGCAGUCAACGGCAUGCUGGACUGCCUUGUGUUCCUGCACAGAAACGGAUGUCCCUGGGACGCGGAUACGCCUCGAUCAGCCGCGGCCGGUGGACACUUGGAUUGCCUAACCUACGCACACGAGCAAGGGUGCCCGUGGGACUCGUCCACCUGCUCCGACGCUGCGAAGAGUGGACAUAUCGAUUGUCUGCGGUAUGCGCACGAGCACGGAUGCCCUUGGAAUCAAGUAACUUGCGCUGACGCAGCAGAGAGCGGCAACCUUGAGUGUCUCAGGUAUGCUCAUGAAAAUGGGUGCCCUUGGGAUAGUACGACGUACAGCAAUGCAAUGAAUUUGGCGGAUCUUGGAGACUCAGCGUGUUUGAAUUACUUCCUUCAGAACUCAAGUUUUUUAAUUUGAUUAUUAUAUAUUUUGUGCUCAUUGCUCGAUAUUAUUUUAUUCUGCAAAUUCUUCGUGCAUUAAAUGUGUGUGUUUUUUUUACUACUUAUAUACAGUACCUAACAUCAUCAGAACGUACAAUGAGUAUUUUAUUAUAUAUUAUAAUCUGGUGUUACCGCCUCUAAAGCAGAAGUGUAAAAAAGACCAACUAACCUUGAGUUUCACUUACCAUAAUAUAUACAUUAUAAUCCAUAUGAAAUUAUGUACUAGCAUUAGCAAUAAUUUUUAACUACCAAAGAAACAUUUGUAACCUAAUAAUAAACUAAUCUACCCACAUCCAAUCAAGACAAAGUUUCAAAGUUCUUAUAUGGCUGUGUUCCCUUGACUUUCAAUUAAAAUAUUCGGAGUCUUGU